CCCGCUCCGAGCCGAGCCGAGCCGCGGCUGGAUGGCUGCGGCGGCCCGGGGCACGGCGGCGGCUGCGCACGGCACUGAUUGCUUCAGAAGUGCUUAGUGAGUGCUGUGAGACCUUCCAGGAGAAGGGCAGGAGCUCUUCUGGCUUGGUGGGCCAGCCUCCCCCUGUCCCCCACUCAGGGCUGUGUAAAUGUCAGAUUCUCAUCUGUUUGUUCUUCUGAGCUGGGAAGACCUCUUGGUUAUUCCGUUCCGGGGACUGUUGCAGGAGGAGCAGAGCAGACCUGACUCCUUUAUACUCAGCUCAGAGAGCUGCAUGGGACACGUGGUGCUGUGGAGAGUGCAGACAGGGGUAACUACAAACUGAUCAUUUAACUUGAUCAAGAACCUUUCAGAGGAUUGAAGUUACUGGUCUGUAACUUCUUAAGUCUUCUCCCACCUUUUUUUUUCUCUUUGUAAAGAGAUCAGCCAGCCUGGCUGAGACCACUUAGAGAUGACAAAACAAAAGCUUCUGUUUGAUGGGACGCUCUCCUUGUUUCUGAUCGUGGCCUGUGAAGCUCAGCAGCUCCCAAGGAGUCAUGUCACUGCUGGUUCUGGUCCUCUGUGCGAGAAGGAGGCAGAGUCCUGGGGAAACCUUUUCAGCAGCGAGCGGCUGGAUGCCUGGAUCUGUUCCCUCAUCGGCUCAUUCAUGGUGGGGCUGAGUGGGGUUUUCCCCUUGCUGGUGAUCCCCAUUGAGACAGGAGCUGCUCUGCGCUCCGAAGCUGGAUCACACCGUUUGAAGCAGUUGUUGAGUUUUGCAAUUGGUGGACUACUGGGGAAUGUGUUUCUGCAUCUGCUUCCUGAAGCCUGGGCUUACACGUGCAGUGCAACUACAGGAGAAGGGCAGAGCUUUCAGCAGCAGAAGCUUCUGGGGCUCUGGGUGAUCAUUGGUUUCCUGACCUUCCUGGUGCUAGAGAAGAUCUUCCUGGAGAAAGAAGAGCAGGAGUGCCCUGAUGUGGGCUGUGAUUCCAAAGCACCAGCUGGAAAGAUUCCCAAUGGAAGUGGCUACCCCCUGCCAAAGGUGACGGGCCAAAGAGCAGAAGCAGAUUCGGCUCAGUGUAAUGGCUCCUCUCUCCAGUCUUGUCCAACAGACAACAGAAUCAAGAUUAGUGGAUACCUCAAUCUGCUGGCCAACACCAUUGAUAACUUUACACAUGGCCUGGCAGUAGCAGCUGGCUUCCUGGUUAGCAGAAAGGUUGGGUUCCUAACCACAAUGGCCAUUCUUCUGCAUGAAAUCCCCCAUGAGGUUGGAGACUUUGCAAUCCUACUUCGGGCCGGCUUUGACCGCUGGAGUGCAGCCAAGAUGCAGCUUUCCACAGCUCUGGGGGGGAUUCUAGGAGCCUGCUUUGCAAUAUGUGCUCAGUCACCAAAAGGAGCAGGGGAAACUGUAGCCUGGAUUCUCCCUUUCACUUCUGGAGGAUUUCUGUAUAUUGCCUUGGUAAAUGUUGUGCCUGAUCUCUUAGAGGAAAAGAAUCCUUGGAACUCCCUGCAGCAAAUUCUGCUCCUGUGUACAGGCAUUACAGUCAUGGUGCUACUCUCGCUCACAACGGAGUGACCUCUGCGCAGACCUCACGAUGCCUCCCGGAGCCACCGCGGUGACUCUGAGCUGUUACAAAGCAAUAAGCAACACUAAUGUUAUUUCCUAUGUGUGUGUGCGUGCAGAUCCGGCUGCUAGUAUGAGAAGCAGAUGAGAAAGAGGUCUUGAGUGUGCAGGACUUCAUUCCCUGGCUCUCCUAUUCCUGUUCUGCUAAAAUCCACACAUUGGGGCUUCUGGGGUUUUGGUUGGUUGGUUGGGUUUCUUUUUAUGGAGCAAAACAUACAGGGAGCAGAAAGGAACGGAACAACUGCUCCACAGCGAAUGGACAAUGCCUGAUUCAGUUCAUUCUGAUGGAACUGCAGCUCCCAAGCUCUUGUGUGAAAACAACAGAGGUGAUUCCUGUACCUGAUGAGAAAGAAAGACUUUUCCUACCACUCUAAGGGCUGGAAGGCAAAGCAACAGUCAACUGAGAGCUUUAGCCAGAGCUCCCUACCCAUGGAAAGUUAACGGUGCUAUGAGAAUGAGAGGGAAAGGUCCUUUUCCAACCUGAUCCCCAGCUUUUCUUUGACAUUACUUGUUCCUAAAGGUAGUAUUUAGCCUCAGCAGUUUCACCUCUUUGGUCUUGUGUUUUAUUUAUGUUGAAAUGGAGCCAAAAGCCUGAGGCACUUUAGGAUAGGUCACCACAACUAAGUGGCUCAGCUUGGAGAUUACUUGCCUCAGCCCUAAGCACUCCAAAAGCCAGCACAGCCUAACUGUUUAUCUGAAAAACAGUCACUGUUUCUUCUGUUGCCAUACUACCAGCUGACCUACAUCUGAAGGGAAAGCCACGGAGCUGUUGUGGAUGAGCUUCCUCUCCUCGUAACCAUUCGCUGAACGUGUCUCUGAGCCUGCUCUCGCAACCCUGCUCGCCAACCAUCUGCCCCACGCCACGUUUCAAGGUGCACCACGUUAACCCUGCCUGGCAUGCUACAGCAGCCCUACACUGCCAUGGCAGAGGUUUGGGCAGUCUGGGCAGUGGUUGAACACUAUAGCCUGCUCAGCAGCUGAUAACCCUUGGUUAGCUUUUCCUCUGUUCAGUGUAGGCUAUUUAAAAGCAUCCUGUUAACCAAAAAUAGAGAGAUGGUAGCCUGUUUCUGGGCUUCUUACCUCACAGUGGAGUUAGUCUGUUGGGGAUGAAUGGAUAAGAAGUAAUACUGACAGCCCUUUAAAGGAAAGGGCACAGCAGCAAAGAAUGCUGGAGGGAGGGUAAAAGGGGAAGAGCAGAACUACUGGUGAAAAGGUGUUUAAAAAUGGGUCUAGCUGUGUGCUAAGUAAGGAGAGAGGGGUACGAAAGGGUGACAAUAAGUAGGCUAUAAGAGGAGUUUUCUGUUGUGUGACACUUGGGAUAAAAUGUGUGGCAAUUUGAAACCAAUGAAAGGAAUGUCUUUCCCAGUGCUUUCCCCAUCCCAGCUCCACGGGCUGACCAGGCCACCUUGCCAUGGGGAUGUUUUGUUGCUCCAGAGACGUGCACAAGUUCUCCAUCCUCCCUACUGCAGAGCUUAUCCUCCCUUUGCUUACAGCUGUUUUAAACACGGGUCUGAUUGAACUAGCAGAGUCAUUGGACACAAAACAGGUGCCGCAGUGGGAAUCACACCAGCUCAGCUCUGUCCUUAAUCAGCUUUGCUACAUCAAUGCAGCUCCCCAGCCUGCACAGGGAGGGCCUCGUCAGGAGCAGUUGAGUCAGAGGAGGAGGCAGGUGUGCUGCCCAGAGCAGAGCCAUUUACUUCCCUGAGAGAUUCCUGAACUGUUGACACAGUUCUUUUUUUAUGACAGCUCCUGUCCUACUUUUCAGAGCGUGCUGGAGAGCUCGUGCUCACAGUUGUCUGCCCAGGAACUGCUGUUUAAAACCUUGCUGGCUUUCCUUAGCCCAGGCUUCCAACAGUAACUUGUUUCACUUCAACAAUGGGGGAGACAGUGCAAGUUUUUUUUAAUCCCUCUUUAUAAAAUUGUCUUCCUUUGCCAGCUCCCUCUGUCACUCAGUUGUCUGGAAGUCUGAAGGCAGCAUCCACUUGGUGCUUUCCUGGAAGGAGGGUUAAUCCCAUUAGCCUGCAGGGACUGUGAGGGAGAGUGUGCUAGCCCUUUAGUUCUAGCUUUAGGGAUGUCCCCCCUGCCCAGCCCAGGGACCACAGCUGAGCAGAGCCUGUGGGUGGGCUCUGAGGGAGCAGGGUAGCAGAGGAGGCCAUACCUGCUGUUUCCCAGGGUGUCUCUUUCUCUGCAUGAGGCUGGCAUUUAGUCUGAGGCGUUGCCAGGUGAGUGCCUGCGAGCUGCUGUGGUUGCAUCAGCGCUGAGCCCUGCCAAGGCUGAAAACCGCAGUCGGGCUGUUGCGCUCAGCGCUCAGGAAUGUGAAGUGGAUGACACCGAAGAAAGGAUUUCUGAGUUGUUUUUCUUGGCUGCUACCCCAGGCCUGGCCAGCCUGCGGUUCUUGGGAAGAUCCCCUGGUAGGAGGUAGGCUUGUGGGAGGAAGGGAAGGGAGUAGCUCGUUAGUUUUCCACUGCGUCAGCGCUGGGGCUGAGGAUGGAGAGCCUUGGGAGGAAAUGGAGCAUCACUCCACCACAUUUGUCACUCUUGGAAAUGCAGAGAGAAUUGUAUUUUCUAGCUCUACUUUUUCAGCUGCUCUUAUGCAUUUUCCUCCUCCAUCUGUAUUGAUCUGCUCUGCAUGGAGACAAUAGAGAUGAAAUAAAAGGUUUUUCCUGUG